AGAUUCGUGGUUUAGCGAAACUUCAAAAAACUACUUUAUCAAUGAUAGGUUUGAACGGUGGUCGUGGUGUAAUAAGGUGAUUUUUAUAUCGUUUUGGUUUCUUGUAUUGCGUGCGUAAAUAUUGCUACCAUUUUCGGCCCAAAUGUGUUAGCAAUUUCCGCACGCAAUACAAAAGAAUACAAAAUUUGCGAACUUUGCAAGGCUAUAUUUUCCGCAUUUUACAACAUUUCGCAACCAAUCUUUGCAAUUUUACUAAUUUUAGUAUGCCCUUUCCGGGAAUAUACUUUUUUUGCCAAGAUAAAAAAUUAGUCUAUAAUGGGAAUUGUCUAUAUUAAAUUCAAUUUUUAUAGCUGUAAGAAGGUUUUUCAUUAAACAAUCUAUCCAUCUAUGUAGCGCAUUGUUCCUGUAAUCCUGUCCAUCAUAUUUUUCAAAAUUCAAAAGUUUGUCGUAUAUAAUUUCAGACUUAUUCAACCAACUGCGUCAAAACCGGACAAUGAUUAUAAAGGUUAGUAUUAAAAAUUAUGAUUUCGUGUACACGCGUAAGGCGAGACUUUUUUAUUCAUUGGUUUACGGAUCCGCCAACCGUAAACAUUCAGAAAGUAAAAAAAAAAUUAAAAAUUUGGAUGUCAACAAUUUUAUAAUUUUAGUUAAUUUUAGUGAAUUUGGGGUUCUGACAUGAAGUGUAGGUCAAGGGUCAAGUAAACUUUGACUCUAAGUACUGCUGGCUCAUGUUAUCGUUGUGACAAUCAAUAUGGAGAUUAGCCAUGUUUUUUUGCGUUUUUGAAGUUAACGUUAAAAAAUUUAAUAGAGAUUAUUGAAUUUGGUUCUCAUUUAUACUCAGUGUGUUUUUUUAAAAAAUUUUCCGACCUACCUUUAAGUCAAAUCCGCAAACCAAUAAAUAAAAAAAGUCUCGCCUAAAGGUCCACUUCCAUUCAGGAACAUUUUCCGGAGAAAGAAAAUUUUAUAAAAUGUGAUUGGCCGACACAAAUUUUCCGUUGUAAAAAAAUUUUGAAGUAAAAAUUCUUGUUAUAUCACGACUGUAUCAAUUUUGUUAGAACAACCUUGUAACAAGUCUGAUAAUGCCAUCAAGCUUGUUACAAGUUGUUAACAGCUUUUUCCAAACAACUAGGAACAAGCAAUGCGAACACUACACGAACACUGACAGUCUCUUAUUUUGAGCUUAUAUUAAUUAUGUUUAUAUUUGGUUAUAGGUGCUGCUGCAGCAACGAUUGAAAAGUCUGACACCCUCAUUUCUCAAGACACGUCCUUAGUUAAAGAAAUAUCAUCAACUGAAGAAAUGGAUGUGGCGUCUUGUAGUACUAGUAGCAUGUCCAUGGCCAGUCAAGUCAGUGAGGAUGAUGUAUUGCAAUUGUCUGAUUCUGCAGGUGAGAUUCACAAUCGUACAGCUUGCAGAAGGCGGUCAACAAAUGGUUAUCAGAGUGAGAAAAUAAUGUUAAUACAAGGGGGAUGGGGCUGAGCCCCUCCCCCCUGUUAAAAUUUCCUUUCAGUUUGGGGAGGCUCAGCCCCUGAAAUAAUCUUUGAAAAUAUAACAAAGUUUUGCUACUAAUUUAAUAGAUUUGAUAAGAUUUGGCAUUAUUCUACAGCUAAAACACAGCUACUGUUCCCAUUUAUAUUUGUAUUCGAUUUUUAAAGUCACACCAGUAAUGCUAUUUUGCCUUAGGGAGAUCCAUGCUCUGCCAAUAUUUGCCAUACAACAUUUGUUACUUCAUUCUAUAGCCUAUAGAUUUAUACACUAUUGCACUAUUAAUUAAGAUCGAUGCACUUAUAAUUGUAUUUCCCAAGGCACACCUACAAGUACAGGAAUAUCCUUUCUAUCGGUUAGAAUCUUUAUCUCACAAUUAUCUUUUUUUCUUUCUUGGGGAAAUAUGUAUAGGUUAUUUUGAGGCAACGAGGGGAUAUGUGAUUUAUUCACCGAGGCGCGCAGCGCCGAGGUGAAUAAACACAUAUCCCCGAGGUGGCUCAAAAUAACGUACUUAUUUUUCACAUUGCGAGGUCGCGUUAAUGAGUCAGAAUAGAAAUAAUUCUUAAUGCCAUAUUGCCUUCGUGAUGUUGUUUUUCUCAUUUUUUGUGCUGCAAAGACAUUGCAGGUGAAUAUUAGAGGGGAUUAUUAAACGGAAAUUGAUUAGAGGGGAAUAUUGAAUAUAUUCCCCGAUAAGAACAAAGGAAACCGAGCAGGGUGAAAAAUAAUUUCUGAUAGCUCAGAAAAUUUUCUGGGACCAAUGGUCCCGCAGUCUGAUACGUUUUCCACCCUUGCUUGUGAUACUUAUAUUAUUGAACCUAUUAUUAAUUCAGAUAAACCGAACCAGGCGAGCCGAUCAGAGACCGAGUCUUCACAGUCUAAGAGAAAAGGCAUAAGGAAUCAUGAUGCGAUGGACUCUGAACUCUGUGAGAUCAAACUGAGCAGCCAAUCCGAAGGCGGGGAUACGCAGGCUGAGAAUAAAGGCGGGAAAAAUCAAGAUGCCAUGGACAUUGAACAGUCUGAUGUGCACACUGGGCUGGGAAGAGAGGAGAUUAGUUCCGCAGUUAAAAUAGAUAGUGAGACACGAGCGGACUCGUGCCCACCCCCCGUGGAAUCUGUAGCGUCAACAUCAGAUGGAAGGACAUCUAGAACUGCGACUAAAGUUCAAGCAUUCAGUGGACCGGGCAGGACUUUAAGUGAAACAGGUAAAGGUAGUAAACAGUGAGCAUAUAGUUGUUUUCGAAUAUUUUUUAAUUGUGGAAAGGUAGUAAACACAACCAAACAAAACUAAAACUGAACUAACUGUAUUUAUAUUUAAACUGGAAAGCACCUAUAUCGGUUAUUAGCUGUCCUGUUUGGGGCCCAUUUACGGAAGGAAACUGAAGCAUUCGGAACAGCAAUAGGAGUCAAUUAAGUUUUUCACAUGCGACUUUACAGGGCCUCUUUUAACAUGUAGACUGGAGGGGCCAAGUGCCCCACAGCCCCAAUGUUGGCCCCUCUGUAAAACUAUGUUGCCCCCCCCCCCACCUCCCACAGUGAAGGUCCCGUCGUAUCACCUUGUUGUUUGCUUUCAAGGACCUGAUGUAAAGAAGCCACGCUUUCAUUCACCUCCGUCGUCGUCGUCGUCAAAUAAGGUGAGCAAUUGAAAAAACCUGAGUUUGAAUGAAACUGAACUAACCAACCAACUAACUAACUAACUCUGUUGCUGGUGAACAGCUCUAUCAGUAGAUCUAGAAAGGAAUUGGAUCGUCCCUGCAGUGUUUGGGGCACAUUGUGGCAACUCACACCUACGAUCGUCCACAAAAUAUUUGAGACAAACCCCCGCUCCCCUCAUUUCAAUGUUGCUUUGUGCUGUAAAAUUGUUUUAUUGAAAUAUCAUGCAUUCGAUUUUGAAUGCCAAUGGGUCACGUUAUAUUUCUGUCAGGAAGAUAAUAGCAUUUCAACAUUGAGACAGGGGCAAGGGGGGAGUGGAUUCCAACAGUCUCAAUAUAUUUUGUGGACGAUUGUGACACUGUUUUGUUGGUUUUGAUAUAGACAAAUAAGGAAUCGCCACAGUCAAGAAAUGCUGAAUCCAUGCAAAGGUAUAACUCUUUCCCGCAGUGGGGGGGGGGGGCACUUAAAAAUAUUUGAGGGGGGUAGGUUACCACCUUUCGUUGCUGACAAUCUCAGUUCUUGAAAGUUGUUUCUGUAAGUCAGAGCGCUGCACCGGCAUCACAGGGCCGCAGGGAUUUUUUUUCGAUUCCUGCCAGAGGGCCUAUGGUUGCAUUUUUUCGCAGCUUAAUUCUUCCGGGACCGGUUGUUCAAAGGUGGGUUAGCGCUAACCCUGGGUUAAAAUUUAACCUGCUGUUUUAGUUUGUGUAUUUCUACGUACACAUCUGUGUAUUUCAAAACUUCAGAGAAGUAAACUCUGAAUCGAUCCAGAUAAGAUCUCUGAAUAAAUAUUUCCAUAUUUAUAGAAAAGCUGUCAGAAAGUUUGCUUCGAAUUUUAGGUUAACCAAGGGUUAAACUAACCCAGCUUUGAACAACCGAUCCCUGGUCGUCAGAUUUAGAAAUUGUACAUAAAUGUUUGCACGAAAUUUCCAUCUAGAAAACCCCAUCAACAAAAAACAUCAACAUCCAAUAAAUUUAUUUCCUUUUCUAUUUAGUAAUGUAUGUUUGCCUGAAAGAAAGCCUGUGGCUUUUCGCCUGGGAGAUAGCAGUUCCAUAUCUUCAGGUAAGGUUAGCAGCUUCGUUGGCGCACAUACCUGUAGAUUGUAUUUUUGUGGAGGCAGCCAAUCUUCAAAUGGAGCUAGGCUAUGCCACAUUCUCGUACCCAGAGCCCAUCUUACAAGCGGUCAACAGAGCAUGACGAGGGUCGAGGGAUACGAGAAUGGGUUGCGUCGCAACUGUAGAUCAAAAUUUAGCCUCCGAACGAGAACAAAAUGCCGCUAGGGGCUUCCAUACCUAGCUUUUUCAUGAUUUUUGGAGUUAUACCUAGCUUCAAAUGAUAGCCAGUGACUCCACAAUUCAUAUUCCAACUCAAUUAGUUUUGAAUUACAAAGUUACUCAAGUGUAUAUUUUGGUUUGGAGUUGGCCCUUUAGACUUUGGAGGUAGCGUCGCUCGAUUGCUUCGUAUUUUCCGCAGCCAUGUUGGCACAAUCGUCAGUGCGAGCGCCUUUUCACCUCUGAGAUCGAUUUUCGUUUCGGACUCCAUUUUCCUCCCACAGAAAAAUUGUUGACAGGUUUGGUGGGGAUUAGCCCCUAACUUACCCUUUCACCAUGGGUCAUAACUCAUGUGGCUGCCAGAGGUGCCUUAGAAAGCCUUCGACUGGAUCAGUUUGAGCUCUGUCCUUCGCUAUAGGGGGAUUCAAGGUUUCCGACGCCAUCUUGAAUCUAUUGUUUUCACCAUUGUUUUUGCACCCGCUGCAAAUUUACCUAUAGGGAAUUCCAUUGUGUUUGCAUUGUACGGGGAAGGCUGUCAGAUUAAGUAUUUACAUUUUCUGUUCUUGUUCCAGACGACAUAUCUGAUGAAUUUUUUGAAGUCACAGUCAAUGAUUUACGGCUUAUGUUGAAGGGUCUUAAAAAUGAAAGGUAUUUCGUAUGAAUGAAAUGAAAUUUUGGUUCAUUUGGGUAGAAAAACCGUAGUAUGUUGUACACUUUGUCAAUAUCUGUCUUUGUUUCGAAAUGAUUUGUUAUCUACACGCGUAAAAAUUGAGAAAAUCAACAACUUGUUCCAGAUUGAUUGAUAAAGGCGUGAACAAGGUUGUGCGGCCCACUAUGAACAGUAUAUUGUCAACAUGUUGUUACAGCAUUGUUCAACUGUAACAACUUGGAACAACAUGGUUGACAACUGGUUCAUAGUUGGCCGCACAACAUUGUUCACGCCUGUCGAUAUCAACUUGGAACAACCUGUGCGUUUUUAGCCGUGUAUUAUGUCACAAGUAUAGAAGUCCAGCAGCCCACAAAAUGAUUCUGAAUUCACCGAAAACUUCAAAUGACAAGAAACUUUCUAACUCACAGAAAACUUUUAACUCAGAAAAUAUUUUCAAGUCGCAAAAAAACUUUUGUAACUCACCGAAAAAAUCCUUUUAUAAACGUAACGUUUUUUUGCAAAUAUACAAAAAUAAAGAGUUCAAACGCAACUUAACGUGAGCCUCCUGGGCUUCUAUACAGAAGUAGAAUAACCGAUUUUGUAGUUUUGAAUGAUCACAAUAAGUCGAUUCAGAGUCUCGACUGCGCAUCCAAAUGGUCAACUACUCGGUAUAUGUUCAACUGCAAUUUCCGACGUUCUGAAUUGGCUUGUUUCGACGUGAAAGCUAAUUCCACUGCUCGUGUCGUAUUUACAUUAUAUGUAAUAUUUAAAAUCCGAGUAUGAGGACUGGAAUAGGUUUCAAGUCCGCGCAAUUUGAUGGUUGAAAUCUAAUCCAGUCCGAAUUGGAAGAUUUGAAAUGACAUCUCAUACGAAGAAAUCACUACUUAAAGUGAGGUGAAUUAAUUUUGAUGCAGUCUAAGGACUGAAUUAAUUUUGAUCCAGUCCUAGGACUGGAUCAAUAUACUUCAUCAGGUAUCCAGUGUUAUCAUGUGAACAAAAUAAAGCAAUAUGGUUGGCUAAUUUACUUAUGAAUUAUUAAUGCGUUUGACUUAUCAAGGACUGCAGAGAAGCCGCUGAUGACGACAAAAAUGAGAGAGGAACGUGAGAAAAGCAAAAUGGACCAGUACGAGAGGGU